CCCACACAUCACCAUCAGCAUCCGGCCCGGGAGGACGCCGAGGAUAUUUUUUGAGAAUCAAACAUCGUAUCCCCAAAAUUCUCCGCAUCGCUGUUCUUUUUGGGGGACAACCCUCCCAGACUCCCGGUCCCUCCGUCUCCUCCUCAGACCACUAGGUGGCUGCACAAGAUCGGGAUUGGUCCUGAUGAUCACAAGGACCCCCCUCCACCUCUUUUCAGCCAAUCCUGGAGGGGCUGCAGAGCUGAUGUCUCAGAGGGCGAGAGGGUAUUUGUGUUCUGGAGUCCUGAAGAGACAAGCCACAUCACGAUAAAUGGAGGAAAAAGAGCGAUGUAGGAGCAGGUCUCCAGCUCGGAGGGCCAGUCGGGUGCAGCAGGUGGUGGGAACAAUAAUACGACGUACACGAGAGUCGCUCAGCAGGGAGCGGUUGCUCGGCGAUGGGAGGUCACAGCGCUCCAACAGUCUGUCCAAUCAGAACUACGUGGCCAAACUGACGCUGCAGAUCACCAGGGACCCCGUCCUGGACAGCAGCACCGGCCAUGGCUUCAUCCUCACCACAAACGCACCCCUGCUGGUCAGGGAUGUCGCCCCAGGGAGUCCUGCAGAUGGGAUACUGUACCCAGGAGACCAGGUGCUGCAGAUUAAUGAGACGGUGCUGGACGAUUUGAGUGCAGAGCAGGUGGAAAACACCUUAAGGGACUUGGAGGACUGCAUCAAUGUGACUAUCCUGCGGCACAUGACAAAUCCCAAGUCAUCGAUCAUGUCGGCAGAGAAGAGAGCUCGUCUGAGGAGUAAUCCAGUUAAAGUGCGCUUUGCAGAAGAGGUGGUGGUCAACGGGCACACUCAGGGGAACUCUCUUCUCUUCCUGCCCAAUGUCCUAAAAGUCUAUCUAGAGAACGGGCAGACGAAGGCCUUCAAGUUUGACAACAGCACUACUGUCAAGGACAUUGUGCUGACUCUGAAGGAUAAACUGUCCAUCCGGGCCAUCGAGUAUUUCGCCCUGGUGCUAGAGCAACAGUACAGCAUCACCAAACUACUGCUUCUGCAUGAAGAUGAGUUCAUACAAAAGGUGGUGCAGAAAAAAGACUCCCAUGACUACAGAUGUCUGUUCAGGGUGUGUUUUAUCCCCAGAGACCCCAUGGAGCUGCUGCAGGAUGACCCCUCUACUUUUGAGUACCUCUUUUUACAGAGUGUUGGUGACGUGCUGCGGGAGCGUUUUGCAGUAGAGAUGAAAUGCAACACUGCCCUCCGACUGGCUGCCCUGCACAUGCACGAGAGGCUAGACAGUUGUGGACAGACCAGGGCCUCCAUCAAGAGUAUUACGAGGGAGUUUGGCAUGGAAAGCUUCAUCUCUCCCACAUUGCUGAGCAACAUGAGGGAGAAGGACCUGAGGAAAGCCAUCAGCUAUCACCUCAAAAAGAUCCAGUCCCUGCUCGAGCCGCGUCAGAAGGUCAUUUCUGCAAGUCAGGCUCGGUUGGCCUACCUCACUCAGCUGGGAGAGCUCAUUUCAUAUGGGGGACGGUCCUACACAGCUACGAUGAUGCUUCAGGACAGGGAGGUGUUGGUCAGUCUGCUGGUGGGAGCCAAAUAUGGGAUGAGUCAGGUAAUCAAUCACAAGCUCAACAUGAUCUCAACGCUGGUGGAGUUCAGCAGCAUCAGCCGAGUGGAGCUGCUGUCGGAGUCGGACAAAGUCAGCCUACUGCGCAUCUCACUACACGACAUGAAGCCAUUUGCCUUAUUGAUGGACUCUCUGGCAGCCAAAGACUUAGGGUGUCUGCUAGGAGGCUACUGCAAACUCCUUGUGGAUCCCAGUGUCAAUGUCUUCCGUCUGGGGCGCCCAAAAGUGAGGGUGCACCGAAUUCCUGCUGAAGAAGGUGUGUGUGGGAGGUUCGCCGAAAUAGAGGGCGUGUGCUAUGAGUCCCUAUCAAGUUAUGUGUCACGCUGCUGCAGUGACUCAGAUGACUCGACAGAUGAGGACGACCCAAUGGAUUCUCAGAAUUACAAACGGCCGGACCCAGCAAGUCAGGACUGGGAAGAGAGGAGGCGAGAGGAAGAGGAGAAGAGGAGAGAGGAAGAAAGAAAAGAGAGAGAGGAGCACAAAGGCAAACAGGAAGUGAAGAUAAUAGUGACAACAGAAAGUAUGGAAAAUGAGGGUGAAGAGGAAGAAGGAGCGACAGGAAGUGGUCUGCGCAAAUUUAGUAUUAUGGAUGAAGAAAUGAACAUGGAGACCAGCUGGUACCACACUGAUCCCCGGGUCACCAGCAGCUUUUCCAGCUUGUCCAGUGGCUCCAUCAGUGCUGCCCUGGAUGAGAGCAACGCCUCAGCCAAAGCCCCGUCUCGUCUGGAUGCGCACGGGGGAACACGCACAAGCGAAGAUCUACCUAGCUUGGAUGUUCACCAUCCCUACCUCCUGGAGCCAAAACGCCAUCAAGGGCCCUUGCGACCCACCAACCUCAAUUACCGUGGUAAUGACAACUCCUGCCUUUGCUUUGCUGAGCUCUCCAAGUCAGAUUUCCUCCCCAGCCCACCUGGGGCUACUAGUGAUGAUAAUGAUGAUGAUGAUGAUGACGAUGAGGAGGAGGACGACGACGAAAUGCUCGGAUUGGGCGGAUUAAGACGCAUUUCUAAGAUCCCUAGUUCAAGAGAUUUAAGAAUGAUUGACAGCAUACCCUUUGACAGAUCUCCCAUUAAAAGAAAGAAAAAGACCCCCCCCAAAGUCCCAAUAAGGACAAGUUCGAUUCCUUCGGAAAAAGCAAAACAGGCUGAGCAGCGUCUCUCCAAAGACGAAGAGGGUCUAUUCCUGACGCCUUCACCCAAUCCCAAACCAGCUCUUUUGGGCAAAGAGGCUGUCUCAGAGUCUGAAGAUGAGUUUUUUGAUGCACAGGAGAGAUUUACUCCUCCAGUUCCUGAUCUAUCAGACGCUGAGCUGGCUGACCGGCGAAAUGCUAAUCGGUUGAGUGGAGGCUGGAAUGGUCCUUCAGCUGUCACGGGAAAAGAGCCAUCCUCCCCUGUUGCCAAUAAAGGAAAAUCCUCUAAAAUCAAAAGAGAAGUUGAGAUAACUAAAGCCCCUACAAAUGGUCCCCCAAAGCCAUCUCAAAAACCUGAAGCUAAGGUCAAACCACUAUUGGCUCCAAAGCCCCAGGUGCCUCCCAAACCACAGAUCAUUCCUCCCAAAUCGCCCCAGCAUGGGAAAUCAUAUGCCCACUGCAAUGGGGAUUCCUCUGGACGUUUGUCAUCUGAACUUUUGGAAAUGGAGCCAGACACCAUGGAGUUUAAGUCUGUUACAUCUGGGUCAGGUGGACUGCCUCUCACAUCAGCCCUGAUUACAGCAGUGCGUUGCAGUAAGCAACCACUACCCAUUACAUCACUGCAAACUGAGGAAAAGACAAAGAGGCAAGAAAACUGCCCAAAAAAGAACAAAGAUCUCAUGCAGGAGAAUGGAGCGCAUGUUGUUUCCAAUGACAAAGCAUACAUUUCUGAUGGAAAAGAAACUAAAGUAGAGGGGGAAAUCAAUGGGACUGCUGUACCCAUAAAAAAGCCACCAAACCUGCCCCUGAUCCCUCGCUCUAAUUCAGGUACAAAGCCAUCCAUUCCCCCUCCAGUGCCCCCCAAACCCACUACUCCCACCAAUCUUCACCCCUUAUCAUUACCGGCUAGCUCUCCAGUCUCCCCAACUGAUCCAUCCAAAGGGAUCUUUAAGGACAGCGUCAGUCCUCAAAAUGGAAUCCAUCCUUGGAGCAGCCGCAAUGGCAGCGUCCAGUCAGGAUCCAAGAGGGUCUCUCUGAGUCAUGAAAGCCUGUCACCUAAAAACACAGACGCACCUUCCCCCCUUACCACCUCCCUCACUUCCACCAACUCCACAGGUGUUGGGGGUCUUGAAAGCCGAGAGCCUGGCAGAUCUGGAUCAGGAUCAGACCUGAGGACCAGCUCCUCCAGCCUGGGAGGCAGACUGCCAGCUUCUGCCCUGAGAGGGAGGAUCCAGGCUCUACCUUGGUACAUGACCCGUUCCCAGGAGAUUUUGGGAACUCUUGACUAUCCCUCUACCAGUUCCAUCAAUGGAGACACAUCUGGAUUUGGUUCUGGCUUGUCUGUAGCCAGCGGUUUAUCAGACUUAAACAGGACCCCUGUCAAGGAAAAAGAAGCAGUGAGCUCAAAGUCAGAAGGCAAAAGGAACAUUUUAGAGGACGGAGCUGAGGUUGUCAUAGCCACCAUCAAAGAGGCCCAGGAUGUGACCUCGCACAUGAAAAAAGCCAAUGGGACAAACGGAUCUCAACCUAAUCUGACUUUUAAAGGGAAUAGUGCACACAGUGGCAGUGUAUCAUCGGAGCAGCCUCAGUCCCGGUCUCACUCAGCAGUUGGGUUAGGAGGUGUGUCCAGCAUGCAAAUCGGAGGAGACUCGCCAACUUCCUCACAAGCUGACACAACCCCCCCACAGCAGCACCGCGAGGCUUGUGGCUGCCGAACUGUUUACGCCAACUGUUUCAGUGGAGACACUGAGGAUGGUAUAAGCUUUGAUGAGGAGCUCACCGUUUACGAGUUCUCCCGCCGCACACGCCCCAAACCUGCCCGACCCCCAACGGUCUCUCCUCCAACACCACCCUCUCCAAAGCCCAAUAUUCUGUCGCUGCUAAGGGACAACCCCCGUCCGCUCUCUACUUUCUCCACUGCCUCCUCUGAAAUCAGUCCCCUUGUUUCAAGACCGGUUUCUCCCACAAACUCAUUUAGCGGACCUCUUCAUACGCUAACCAACAAAAACUACGGUGGGCUCAAGGGAGGUUUUGCCUCCUUACGUCAAGAUAUAGACCAACUCCUUCUGGUCUUAGAGAGGGGAGAACUUGAACAACCCCAACAAACUUGUCGAAACUCAAAGCAGGAUAUAACAGGCAUAAAUGUAGGGCCGGACCUAAAUCACAAUGGUACUGAAGAGACUACCCCAGCACCGGACCCAAAUUGUACUGGGUCAAGCACUGCCGCCAUGACAGAAGCCGAGAGGAAUUUACUCCAGGCGGAGGCUCGACGAUUGGCAUCUGGCUGUCAGCGGGCCACACGUGUUGGCUGGGCUCCUGAUGAAGCCCUACGUUCCUUAUCUAACAGUUUCAGCGCCCUGGUUCAGUUGUCAGCAGCCUGCCUGCGAACAAACCCUUGCCCUGGUUGUGACAUCUGCCAUAAUGCGAGCCUCGUCCACGGGGAUGAGGAUGAUGACAGCCAGGAGGCCAUGGAAAAGCUGAAAGAGAUAGUGGGUCUAUAUAGAGAGUUUGUUGGGGCUGUUGAGACAGCUGGAACUGGGUCUGGGGUUGGGGGUAAGAGUGGGGGCCACAAUGGAUCUGGACAGGGUCAGGGGGAAGGUGACGGGGUGAGGCUACUAGCCAAACGAUGCACCGUUCUCAUCUCGUCCGUUUUCGCACUCACACAACUCUUCCGGACACGCACGUCAGACACAGCCGAUACGCCUGGACACGUACCUCUCAAUUUUUGACUUGUGAACUUUUAUCCACUAAUAACCCACUAACUCUAUAGGUGAGCCAAGAGGAAAACAGCACAGAGCCAUGUGGUGUGUACCCUCUGUGUUCUUGUACAGUAAGUGCCAUGCACACCACAGCACACAAACUCUAACCUACAAUACACUUACUCACAUGGAAAACACACAUCAAAGAAAACCGUGAGCAAAGAAAGAAAACUUUGUUGCUUGGCCUCUUCUUGGACGCAUAUGGACUAUGCAUUUGUACAUUAUGAAUUUUAUAAUUAUCUUACAAUUCUCUUAUUUUAUGAUACAAUAUGUGUAUGUAUGUAAGGAUGGAUUACCCAUGUAUGUAUUUAUGUAUUUAUUUUUACAAUAUUUGCACCAUGGUCUGUGAUGUUCAGAUCCCCGGUGGGAAAAAAAAACUAUGGAUGUCACUGGAAUUUUAGAUUUUCCUUCUCUUUGAGACAGUGUUAUGUUAUCUUUCGCUGCUUUAAAGGUUUCUCCACUCCACAAGGUGUAAUCUGUAAAUUGUCAUUUUUCAAGUUUGGUAUAGCAGUAUGUUUUACUGACAAAACAAAAAAAGAUAUACUUAUCACACUUGCAAAAUACAGGUAUUAACUGAUUUGUUUUGUAUGUGCACCUUUUUAAGGAUUUAGUUUUUCAAAACUACAGUUACAUAUGAAUGGGAUACAAAACUAUACCAUUACAAAGCAGGGAGAGCACUUUUGACUGUUACAGAUUGCACCUUUUUAUGAGACACAUACCCUUGUGUAAAGUGUUUUUUCUACCCUUUCCCUGGCCCUGACUGACUCUGAGUGAAUGCCUCUUGGACAUACUCCCAUUACCCCAACAUAUGCAGUAAUAUAACAUUAAUGUAGUUUUCAUCCGAAGGACAUGACAUAUAUAUUUUCUGGGAAUGUGUGGAUGAGCCUAUGAAGCAAAACAGGGGACCUUAUUUAUGUAGUUGAAAAAAAGUUUUUACUAGGCACAAGCGUGACUGUUAAACUAUGUCCAGAUGUAGCAAAGAUCCAAAGUCUUAAAACAGUGAGCCACUACUGUUCCCCACUACGGUAUCCUCUAUGGGUGCACCACCUUAUUAAUAUAAUGCUGACUGACAGAUGGACUGACUGCUGUAUGCUGGGGUCAGAACUGUAGAUAUACAUGUAUAUCUUUAUGUCCUAUUCUCUCUCUCUACCUUAGUUUAUGGCUAUGCAAACAUAAACCCCCCACCCCCUACAUACUGCACCCUUGUUUCUUUGUGCUAACUUUAAAACAACAAUAGCUGCGUUAUGUUUGUCUGAAUAUAAUGGAUGCUUUUUUUGUUUGCAAUGUUGGCUUUGUCGUGUUUCAGGAAAUCCUACUGCAUUAUGGAUUGCAACAUUGUGCAAAGUUGCAUGGAAUUAGCAUUUGUCAAUAUAAAUACUCCUGUCUAUACUGAUGUCUGUGAAUUGUCAGUAAAUGGAUUACAUUGCUUGAUCAGUUUGCUGAUGUACAGUGUUCACUAAAAGGCUUGUUCAUGUCACAUGAUGCCAAUUUAUUAGAUGAUUUGUCCAAUUCAAUGGCGCCAACUAAGACAAGAGCGUUCUUAAGCAGUUGCUUAUACAAAUAUGAUAAGGGGAUUAGCCAAAUAAAAGACUGCUUAAGUGUUCAGAGACAAUGGGUGAGGAGAUAGUCAGUAUAUUUGAUCUUCCAAAUGGGUGACUGAGAGACUUUUUGUCAACAUGGCAAUGCUUGAAAAUAAGAAGGCAGGUCUCGUGUGAGAUUUCAGUGCUUCCAAUUGCCACAGAGGUCCAGCACCAGUGUCCAUCACAGCACUAAUAUCAAAAGCAUCUGUAGUUGUCCAUCAAGCAGGCCCGAACGGUAAAGAGUGCCUGUGUCACCUACUUGUUUUGUUUCUGUAUGGAAAAACUGUCAAACGCGUUUCAUUUUAAAAGAGGACAUUGUGUUUCUACAUGAGCAGUCACUUUUCCGUACCCACUUACAAUAAAGUCUAUGUACCAAGAAAUGUAUUGUUUGGGAAUAAAUUACACAUUGACCUUAAUGAAGUUGAAUGUCUGGGUUUUGUCUAUACAUCUGUUAUCAACUCAGUUCAUAUUACAACUUUCAACUCCCCCCCUAAAUAUUGACUCUUGAAAUCCAGUCUAUCAUUAACACCUCACAAAACUACAGAGAAUAAAAAUACCUCUGCAGACUAAACAGACGUUUGUAUUUAUACCAUCACUGGACUAUUAAUACUGUUAAUGAGGAUUACUGAUGGAUUUAUUUCAAGUAUUGAGUUAUACUUCCUAGAAAGGCAGUGUUUGUCAAUGUAUGGGGGCAUCUAGGCCUAAUUUCUCUCAUUUGGUACUGGUAAUGUCUCUUAAAUUAUUCAGAGCAAGCUGUGAUAGAGUGCAACAUUUUCACUACUAUUUUUAAAAUACUAUCUUAAAUAUAAAUUAAAUUUGAAUUGAAAACUGUAAGAUUUCAUUUAAGGUCACUGUCAGACAUUUGUUAAAAGGAAAGGCAACAUAGAAAGAGCUGAGCGGCUUUGUAACUACAGCAGCUCAACCCUCUCUGAUCCAAAGUCCCCAUGUCAGAUUGCCCUUAAUCUGAUCACUAUCUGCAGUCUGACUUCUUGACACAGUAAUCUAAAAACGUUUAAAAAAAACAUGAUCUGGAAGUGAGAGCUAUUUCUAUGAUCAAGAAAGUGCCAGAAAUGAUAGAUAGAGGUGUUCAACUAAAGAGUGUACUUGAGUAUUUGCUUCACCCUUCAUUGUGAUCCAGUGUCAGGUCGGUUCAGUUUGACUACCAUACACUAUUGUACCGGUGAUGCUAUUCAUAAGAUUGAUUAUAAAGACGGGAUUCAGUGCACAGGGUAUGAAUCACUUUGAGGAUGGCACUGUGGACAUAAAGCACAAAGAAGCCGUUGUCAAAAGGUGCCUCUAUUACUUGAGUAAUUUUAUGUUUGUAGCUCAUUGUCUUAAGAAAACAUGUCAGGUAUCCCCGUACACACCCACAUACAGUACAGUUCACUGUCAACAUGUUUAAUAGAUUGUUUAAACACCUCAUUUGGUUGCAACAAGUCAUUUUAUGUUUCAUAGUGAUUUGGUGAUCUGUGCUACAGAAAAGUUAGCAAUUAUAAACAGCAUUAUUUAACAUUAAUGAAGGUGUCCCACUUUUGAAAGAUACUGUGAGUCUUACUAUUGAAGAGAAAACCCUGGAAAAUCCUGAAGAGACGCUCAGGAAACAGCAGUGUGGACAGUCAGAAUGAAAAGGAUUGGAGAAAUAGGCCAAGUGAUCCAUUUACAUGGCAGCUUGAGCUUUUUGUGCCACUGAACAUUACCCUCUGCCUCAGUCUUCCCUCAGCACCAUUACUCAGUUCACUCUUUGUCUCACUCAAUGUCCAGGCAGCAUGCCUUUCCUCUUCGGGCUGUCGUACCCAGCGAGAGCUGCGACAUGGUGACAGCGUCUACUCAAGCUUGAAAUCUGAGCCCAUUAUGUCAACAGAUGUUACAGACAGAGAGGAGAGCAAGCGUGAGAGAAGAACAAUAUAAAACGAGGGAAAAGAGGGAGGGAUACAUGUAUAAAAAGUGAUAUUGGAAGUUUAUAAAAAGGAAAUGAACAUUUGAGGAGCACUUACUUUAAAAUCAAUUAACAAAAAAAAGCCAAACAAUUAACAAAUGCAGAAAAAGGUGCAUUUUCAAAUGAAUUU